GGCGGAAGCGGCCGCCUUCCUUGUGGUGCGUGGGUCCUCCAGGCCGGCUCACACAGCUCUUCACUGGGGGCCGCCAAGACCACCAGGAACACUUGAGACAUUGAUAUGUGGCAGAGAGGUUUUAUUUCCAUUUAAAACAACUAACACUCCUCCUCCAUCAUUAGCGUCCAUUCUACCUAUCGACACCUUAACCUGUAAAUAAGGAGGAAAAAAUGUCUCAAAAGCAGAUGAAGGAAGCUUUUGUCAGUAAUCACAAUGGAACGAGCGUGCUGGAAAUCACUGAGGGCUUGUGCUUGCCUGCGUUCUGUAUCCUAUGCAGAGGGCUCCUGAUUGUUCUCUCACCGCACUUACGUUCUUCUUCACACACCUGGAGAACUCGAUUCUUCAUUGACUUUGCCUUCCUAAUAGUUCCCCUGGUGAUCACUUUGACUGUUUUCUCUACAUUUGUCCUCCUUGAGUACCUCAUUGUAAUUAUCUUUGGGGCAGGGCUGUUCUAUGAAAUAUACUGCAGGAGAACUUGCUAUGCUAGAAUGCCUGUCCAGAAAAUCCUUGAAAAAUUCUUGAAAGUCAGUCUAGAAUCAGAAUACAUUCCAGCCAUCUCCUGUUUCCGUGUAAUUAAUAGUGCAUUUACUGCUGUUGCCAUUUUGGCUGUGGACUUCCCACUUUUUCCCAGAAGAUUUGCCAAAACCGAGCUCUACGGGACAGGAGCAAUGGAUUUUGGAGUAGGAGGCUUUAUUUUUGGGACUGCAAUGGUUUGUCCAGAGGUGAGGGGAAUAUAUACAAAAGGGUCCAGACUUUGUUAUCUUAGAAAGUCAUUGUGUUCUAUUUGGCCAUUAGUCCUCCUAGGAAUGGGGCGAUUGGUCAUUAUAAAAUCCAUAGGCUAUCAGGAACAUUUAACCGAGUAUGGAGUUCAUUGGAACUUUUUCUUUACCUUAAUAGUUGUGAAAUUGAUAACGUCACUGCUUUUGAUUAUUUUUCCCCUAAAUAAAUCCUGGAUUGUGGCUCUCAGCAUGACUGUAUUAUACCAGCUAGCUCUUAAUUUUACCCCACUGAAAAGGUUCAUUUUGUAUGGCACUGAUGGCAGUGGCACAAGGGUUGGCUUAUUAAAUGCCAAUCGAGAAGGAAUAAUCUCUACCUUGGGGUACGCGGCGAUACACAUGGCCGGUGUUCAAACAGGGUCAUAUGUGCUUAAGAAAAGACCACAUAUCAAAGACUGGAUAAAAGUAACAUAUUGUGUUCUACUGACAGCUAUUGGCCUCUUCAUAGCUCUUUACAUACUUCAGGUAACUGUAGAAGUAGCAUCUCGAAGAAUGGCCAAUUUAGCCUUUUGUAUUUGGAUAGUUGCUUCUUGCCUGAUCCUUCUUAGUAGUUUAUUACUGGGUGAUAUAAUUUUGAGUUUUGCCAAAUUUCUAAUUAAAGGGGCAGCAGUACCAUGUUCUUGGGAACUUAUCCAGUCACCUGGCAUAAAUAAAAAGCAUUCAGAAUCUCUAGUCUCUGAAGCUGAAAGAAAGGAACCCAUUUGUUGUUUAAUCACAGCAAUGAACAGAAACCAGUUAAUCUUUUUCUUGCUGUCAAAUGUAACAACUGGCCUAAUCAACCUGUCAGUAGAUACAUUACACAGCAAUACCUUGUGGGCGUUAUUUCUGCUCAAUCUCUACAUGUUUAGCAACUGCUUAAUUAUAUAUGUGCUACACUUGCAAAAUAAGACUAUAAAAUUUUGGUGAUCAAUUAGGGGAGGAUAUGUUUUGAGCUGUAUUAUUCAAUGAGAAAGAAUAAACAUAAAAUGUGAAGAAAAUGGGGUUUUGGCAACCCAGUGUUAACUAUAUUUUAUUAUAAAAUUAAGUUUCUUUCCUACUGUAACAGUGGUGAUGCUUAAUGUUUUAAAUGUAUGGCAAGGCUAUAUAAAGCAAACCAACACAGAAGGAACAAAGCCCUUGUGAUUUAUUAGAAUACUUAUAAAUUUCAGUAUUUUAAAGAAAUUGUUGUAUUUACAGUCAUGACAUGAAGACUGGAGGGUGUGAGGAAGAUUUUGACUUUGUCUUAUAUCACCUAUCACCAUUCUGUAUUUUUAUU